AAGCUGAUCUAAGUUAACGAAAUCACAGUAAAUUUGAACCAAAAAUUAGUCAUUCUCUCAAGAUAGCAUUAGUUGAUAGAAGAUAGAUCAUUGUAGGUUAGAAUGACAAUAUAUGAAGCACUGUGUUUUCUAUUGGGUUCAACCAUAGUAGCUAUCUCAAGUUCAUCAGAUAAUAUGAACGAAGUCAACAGUGAAGAUCCAUCUCAUAAAUCUGUUUAUUGGACAGUAGAGACAAAUCCUGUCAUUUUUGGUCGAAACGUAACUUUACUUUGCAUAAUAGCAAAUGUUGAAAAUGAUUGUUUGAAUUGUUCAAAAAGAUGGCACGGAGGCACAGAACUUUCCCUCUUGUCGUACAAUGGCUAUCCAUCAAAGAAUACGAAGUAUGUUCCAAGUACUGACCAUAGUGGAUUUGGAAUAAUAAUAACGCAAUUUAACAAGGAGGACCUUAAUGUUUAUUACAGUUGUUCCUAUGGUCCAUUUUUCGACAAAAAAAACUUAACAGAAGACAUGUUGCAUAUAAAAAAAGAAUCGGGGGAUGAUGACUCACCAGAGCAGUUAAACAGUGAACUCGUAGCCGUAGCUUAUAUCUUGCUCUCGCUCGCAUUGAUCGGAAUAGUGACGACCGCUGUGUCUGUUUGUUUAGUAAAAAUUAAAAAAAACAAACAUAAAGAAAGCAGAGAACAUAUUAAAUCUGACGUGGAAAAGAAAUCAACAAAUAUUGCAAAUGCAGUAUAUGCACAACAUAACCUUAUGAAAGAUUAUGACUUAACAGAAAAGUUCUCUCAACAAAACUCAAAAGAUGUACUAUUUUCCCAAUCAGACAAACUUUUGACUAAAGCAAGUGUUUAAGGAAUAUAAUUUUAUGCUAAUGCAAAUACUUUUGUAUGUACUUAACAAUAUUGCAUGAUUAGAAAAAAAAUAUGAAAAUUUAAGACAUUAUUCGAACUAUAAGAAGGUAAAGAAUCGCCACACAAACGAAUGGGUUGUGAUCAAAGUUAUUUGGAAACCUAUUUGUCCCAUGCAUACCUUAUGCAUAUUUUACACGAGUAUAAACGAACUAAUUAGGGUACAGAAAUUUGGUCACCACUAACAGUCUUUUCGGUAAAUUCUUGGGACAUGUAGUUGUCUAGGACUGACUCUCAAGAUUAUAUGAAUGCCUAGUCGCACAUAGACAGUAAUUAGCCCGUCUACAUAAUACGUCUGGCGGUAGAAUGCUUGGUAAACGAUUGUACACUCUCCUCACAUGAAAAAUAUGCUUACAAUAUGUUGUCGAUAUGUCAUCAAGCGGACUGUAGCACGGCAAAAUGUCUUUCUUGAACUUCAAAACAUUGUUUUCCGCUGACAUUCGUGGGAUCUUCUCUGUAAAAUAUCUCUAUUGUAUAGAUUUCUUCUUAUCCUGAUUACGCAUGAAAUAUAAGCAGCUGGGGAAGCAACAAUUGGUCAAUCAUACGUGUAAAUUGCAUACUCAAACGAAGCAUUUCAUUGCUUAACAGAAAUAAAAAGUGUUUACACAAUUGAAGAAAACAGAAAUUUUCCUGUUUCACCAAAACUUAUACAUUGGAUUUUGCCUUUAACUAGAGACAUACACAUCGAUUUAUGUAGGUUGAUGCGUCAAGUACCGAAUAUAUUAAUUUGGAGCUUUUUUGCUCUCCAUAAAAGAAGAUGUAUCACAAUAUUUGCUAAUGAGUUCUAUAAACAUUUUGUUAUCAUUUUGUAUGUCCCACCUACGAUAGUAGAUGGGGAUUAUGUUUUCUGUCUGUGCGUCCAUUCGUCCGUUGGUCCCUUCAUCCGUCUGUCCCGCUUCAUGUUAAAGUUUUUGG